AUGAAGUUGCUAGCUAUCAUCCUUCAAGUUGUUUCAUGUUCGGUUCAAGAACAAGCGUUUGAAAACCUUGAAAUGAUUCGAUAUUGCAAGGCUUACAAGCACAAGAAGCACGACUUCUGUGACAGAUACAAGCUUGAUGAAUCGAAACGACAGUCAAAGCACUUUCGAAUGAUCUUUAGACCGCACAGAUUUCAUAAUCACCAACCCGUCUGCUACCACUGCAAUCGACACAGCUUUGAUGUGGAUGCACAGGAACUGGUUGACACAAUGCUUGCGCAUACUGGAAAAUCAUUCGCUCUCUACGAAAUUGAUGGCAUCAAAGUAAACCCGAACAAAAUUGUCGAUAUUGGUUACUGUAAUGGAUCCUGUAAAUUCUCAAUGAGGCACGCUUCCGAAAGUGUCAGAAAUGUGUUUUACUGCGAUCCUGUAAGCUACACACCAAUCUCUGUUAUUGACAGAACUACUGGGGAAAUAUUUGAAAUCAAAAACGCAAUCGUGGAUUCUUGUAAAUGCAAAGCAAUGGUUCACUGUUCAGAAAAAUAA